AUGAAGACCAAUCUUCUUUCGUAUGUGCCCUAUCGCUCGUGCAGUGACAUUCGGAAUGCACAGUCUGGGAUAUAUAUUAUCCAGGCGAACGAUGAAAGCAACCCUUUUAUGGCGUACUGUCACCCGGAUAUGAAGGAUGGAGGCAUCUGGUUGGUGAUACAGCACCGAUUCGACGGAUCGCUAAACUUCUAUCGCAACUGGAAAGAGUAUCGGGAUGGUUUCGGUAACAUUGAUGAAGAGUUCUGGAUCGGGCUGGAACGAAUAUAUCAGCUGACAUCGGGGCAACCCCAUGAACUGAUGGUUGAGCUGGGAGAUUUUAAGGGGAGUUAUAAAUUUGCACACUACGCAGCAUUCGAGAUCGGCAAUGAAACCGAACAUUACAAACUGAUAAGCGUUGGAGCGUACCACGGAACUGCAGGGGAUUCUCUGUCCUAUCACCAUAAUAUGAAAUUCACGACGUUCGAUCGUGACAAUGACAUAGGAAAGAACCGAAAUUGUGCUGUAACAUUUGAGGGUGCCUGGUGGUAUAGGGACUGCCAUUUUUCCAAUUUGAACGGGCGAUACAAAAACAUUGAAAAUACUAUAUCGAUCAACUGGUACGCCUUCAACGCUUCCCAACAAGGACUGGCCUUUUCAUGA